GACUGUUUAUCAAACUAUCAAUGAAUUCGACCGUUCUUCUCGGCAGGAUAUCAAUGAGUAAAUCGUCGCACAGUACACGGUCGAUGUCGAGAAACUGGCUCCGUUUCUUAGAAACGAUCUGAACAGCGCCGUCAGAACCUUUCUUCAUACGUAAGCUUCGAAUAACGAAUGUUUUCAAAAUAAUCGUUUGAUUUGAUCACGUUGACGCACCAUAUAAAUCGUUGUUAACGCGAUCGAACUGGCGAAAAACUCGCAACACGCAGAGAACGAAAGUCAACUUUUAACUCGCGACGGAACGGCGAAGUGAUAAUGUAAGUGACGAAAAUAGUAAUUAGAGCAGAGCGCAGGGUAAUGGUGCACACAAAACUGGUGCUAGAGUGACAACGAAUUCAACGGAGCGUCCUCUGUAAGUUGUCCUAAACGGUGCGAUUCCAACUGACGGUACGGGUGCGGCGUGUGCGGUGUCACGUAGGCACCUUGGGGGUAUUGUUCUGGAGUUCGUCCUGGGUUCUGGUAAUUCAGUGUUAAGAAUGUUACCGUUUGAUUUUGAUAUUGAGACCAAAUACCGGUAUGUGCGCUACCUCCAAUUCCUUGUGUAUUUCUGCAGUCGGAUAUAUCAGCUGAACUUUGAUAUUUGGGGACACCGGAAACUUAAUUUAGCAAUAGCAAUUUUAGCAUUUUUUUUUUUGGUUUAGAUUACCUUAUUGAAAAGAUGUAUCGACUCCAAAGAUCGUAGGUACCACUCGCACCGCAUGCAGCGCUACCAAUAAAGCAAAAUAAGCUCUCGCACGUGAAGCUACGGCAUAAACCAGUCUACACGCAACAGUAUAAUGGCCUUACUAUUGGUUCGUGGUCGCUUUCGAGUUUAUUUUUCACGAUAGUUAAUCUGGCGUUUUUAUUUAUUUUUACUUUGUGUAGGUAUUACGUAUAUAGUUAAGGUACGUCAUGACGUGCAAGUACCUACUAAUAAAAUAUUAAACAUAGGCUCUCCGCUGAGCUUCAGCUAUUUGUUGUUGUUUGUGCCAGGGACGAUGAUAGGUUGGUCCGCUCGACUCGUCACCUCACAGACGACUGAAGCCCGGCCCCCUGCCACCUCACGAUCGUAACGCCCGCUGAGCCGCGCUGUGAUUGGUCCGGGGCGCGUAUCGCGUCUUACGCCGCCCCGAGCUAAUGUCGCUCGCGUGUAAUCGUAUAAAAACGAGUGUUAUCGCUGUUGAUCGUUUACUCUGCGCCUGCACCCUGCUGCGGUAGCACGCUUUCUCUAGUCUCUUAUAACUUUUACAUACGACUACAGAAAUGCCUAUCGAUGCUACUGAUAGGAAGAAGAAAUACGCCAUGGACGGCGUAAACCUUCUCCUCGCUCAACACCUCGUCGACGUUGAGCUCUAUAAGCAAGGGCAACCGGACACCGGUAUAUCCAGCGAGGCCAUGUCGGCCGUCACGUCGUACAUCAACGAUUGCUACCAGCGCAUCGCCGCCGGAGCGUCUGGUCCAGCCCGCGGCAAGAAGAGACCGACCGUCGCCUCCGCCUCUAAGGCAGCGCAGGCCACGGUCAGAUCGCUGAUGGCCACCGACGAGCCCACCAAGCACGUCGCCAGAAAGAGCGCCAGAGCCGUCGCCAAGCCGAGUCACUCUGAGGUCAUAAACAAGGCCGUCAGGGAGAUGAAAUAUGGGACGGGCAAGGGGUCCUCCCUGGAUGCGAUCGAGACGUACAUCGGCGCGCAAUACAAGGUCGACGCCGAGACACUGGCUCCGCUGGCGACUUCGUCGGACGCGAAGCCUAACGCUUCUGCGGCCGGUGCUAAAAGAAAAGCUUCGGCCGCGGCAGCUACGGGUCCGCCCGCGAAGAUGGCGAAGUCGUCAAUCGCCAAGGGCAAGACGACCCCCGCAACCGCUGCCGACAAGUAA